AUGAAGAUCGCAUUUGUUCAAGUUGUUCUUGCUGCGCUCGCAAUUACCCCUUCUCUUGGGUCUAUGUUAGAGGGCCAUGAUGACCUAGCGGAAGCUAUCAAGGGCCUCACCAGAGAUCCCGAUGCCCGGGGGUGGAUCCAGCUUAGUGAUACAGGAUCUCGACUUCAAAGUGUUGACAGCAAAGGAAAGGUCCUGGAUGAAAUCCAGUUGACUACUGAGCAGGAAGCUGAUCUUCGCAGCAAGCACGCUGCCAAGGUGGACAAAGUCAAUGCGAACAAAAACGCUGAUUCUUCUGCUACUUCGACCCCCAAACCAAGCUCUGAUCUUGAGAAGAAAAGCCCCGGAUGUGCAGAUUGGUCAAGUAUCUGUGAUGUGGGACCUGAUUGCUAUUUCUACAACUGCGAUGAUUGCUUUAAGAUCAAUCCCAUCGGUGUCUGCUACAGUUACUCUUAG